AUGGCCGAGAAGGGGGCAGCCGAUGCCCAGGUUGAGCAUCUUGAGCCUGACCAUGAGGACGCCACGAUGGCCCUGACGCCUUUGGCAGCUCGGUUUGAGGCCCGAGAGCAGUCGCUCACACGGUCGGAAGCCAUCAAGGAGAACAUAAAGCCAAUUCUUUGGUGCAUGUACAUGUUCUUCAUCUGUGUGACCUGGGGCUUCGACGGUCUUGCUGGUGCUAUUGUACUGGCCAUUGCGGCAUUCCGAAAGGAUUUUGGCCGUCCAUACGCUGGUGACUACGUUGUCGAUGCGAACUGGCAGCUGGGGUGGAUGGGCGCAACUAUCUUUGGCCUCGUUUUUGGCGCCUUCGUUACAGGACUUACAGUCAACAAAUGGGGCCGCCAGCCGAGCAUCGCAGUGGCAUACAUCCUCAGUGUUGGCGGCAUUUUCCUGCAGGUUUUUGCCACGACACCAGUGCAAUUCUUUGGGUCCAAGAUCCUCACGGGUUUGCCCAUGGGAUGCUUUACUACUGUUGCGCCUACAUACGCCUCUGAGAUGGCUCCUACCUCUAUCCGAGGUGCCAUUACUGCCGGAAUGAACUUUGCUAUCGUUCUAGGCCAGCUCAUCGCAUAUGGUGUUAUGCGCGAGGCUAGCAAGUAUAAUGGUGCCAUGCCUUACAAAGUCUUGUUCGCCACUCAAUGGGGCUUUGCCCUCGUCGGACUGGCAAUUCUUCCUUGGUUCCCCGAGUCUCCUUAUUGGCUGAUUGCUCAUGGGAGAGAUGAAAAGGCUCGUAAAAACAUUGCUAAGCUGCACAAGUCCGACUAUGACGUCGAUGGAAAAAUGGCGGAGAUCCAGCAAUCGCUUGCUCGCCUGAACCAGGAUAAUUCGUCGCAAGGGUCGAUGGCUGAAUGUCUCUCAAGGAAGCAACUUAAGCGCACGGUAGUCGCCACGAGCAUGUUCUUCAUCCAAACUGCUAGUGGAAAUGCCUGGGUUGUUGGCUACAUGAGCUACUUCAUGCAACUUGCUGGUAUGGAUACGGCCAAGUCAUUUGAUACCACUGUCGGCCUUUGUGGUUUGAUGGUGGUGGGUAACAUGUGCGGCUGGUUUUUCGUUGAGUGGUUUGGCCGAAGAAACACGGCCCUUUGGGGAACCGCCGGCCUCGCCGUGACGCUGCUUCUCAUUGGAAUCUUGGCAGUAGUGAAUGCUCCAGGUGCCAUUUGGGGCCAGAUAGUUUUCAUGGCCGUUUGGUCUUUUGUCUACCAAGCAACUAUCGGUUCGGUCGCUUGGCCCAUCACGUCCGAAAAUGCUACUUCGCGACUUCGAGCACCAACGCAGGCUUUGGCCACAAUGGUGAAUGGCUUGUCUGCCAGCAUCUGGAGUUUCUCGCUUCCAUAUGCCAUCAACCCGGAUCAAGGUAACCUCGGCGGAAAGAUUGCCUUCAUCUUCGGUGCUAUCCUCGUCAUCGCGACUGUGUUUGUUUACUUCAUGAUCCCGGAGACUGGAAAGCGUACAUACACCGAGAUCGACGAGCUGUGGUCUCGAGGCAUCUCUCCGCGCAUGUUCCACAAGACAAAACUUGUGACUUUGGCAGAUGCGGGAGCUAAGGACGUGGAGGAGAAGACUGAGAAUUAG